UGCUAGCUACAUAGACACAACACAGCAGAACCAACCGACUUCUACCUCGAUCAGUCCAUCCCUUGUUCCCCAGUCCGCAUCUCGGGCAUCCAGCCUUCAAAUUCUCGACUCUGAACUCAAUACUGAGCCAUCCCAAUCACACACCCACUUACUUGCCUGCUCAGCAAAUAUCCCCUAGAUCCAAACAGUCUCACUCACAUUGUCCCACUUUUUGUGUAUACCAUUCUCUCGUGCCAGCCUCACCCACGCAUCCCGACUUUCUGUGUGCACCCUUCUCCCGUGCCAGUCUGUAAACAGAACACAACCACACAACUACACAACCCGCCAGCUGCCAAACAAAUGGCCUCACUCCCAGGCGACCACCCCGCGCUCUCACUGCACCUCUGUGACGACGCGCUCACGCCCAUCAUCUCCUCCGCCGCCUUCCACAGCAGCACCGCCAGCACCACCAUAACCCCGGACCUAGACACGGCCAGCAUCACCAGCCAGACCCCGCCCUCCGGGCACACGCAAAUACCCCCCAACAACAAAAACAACAACAACAGCAGCAGCAGCAGCAGCCAUGUGCUUGCCCGGCAGAGAGCAGGGGCACUGAGCAAGCUGGCAGCGACGGCGCUAGCGGCGCAACGGACGGCCUCGCGGCUGGGCCUGGGCGCGGCGGUGCGGAUCGUGAUCGAGACGGCUGACGCGAGCGGCAGGAGCGGGGCAGUGGUGGUGAACUCAUUCAUAGAAAGCGCGAUACCGUCAUCAUCACCAUCCACGAUACCGUCUCCGCCGGGGCCAGCAGCACCGCUCUUGUCAGCACCAUCAUCAUCAGGGCCAACCCCAGUUUUAGAACGGAUCACCCCGCCUAGGCGCGGAGGAAGGGGGUCGGACUUGCUAGCAGCCGACGAAAGUGAAAUCUCCAACGACAACCAAACGAAACCACCAACGUUGGUUGCCGUCGUAGUUGCCCCGGACGCCGAACAUACCGCCGAGGCCCAACAAGCAGCCUCGAAACUUGAACUCAUCGGGCGACAUCUACAGCUUGCCUGGAUUGAGGAGCAGCAAAAGACCUCCGGAAACGACGAUUCCCUGGACUGAGAUACCUGUUUGCCAUGCCAAAGCCUGUCACAGGGCCUUAAAAUCAGAUCAUCAACGACAUGGAAAGGAGUAGAACUCGCACAAAUCGUCUAUUUUUGGCUCAAAAUUCACGGCUAUUCAUAAUACCAAUAAUCUGUCAACACCUGGUAAUGUAUCCUUCGGGUGGUUAUCAUCGCCCUAGACCUGGCCUUUCACACUGCCUGGGACGGCUACGCCACCCCAUUGCUUUAAGUG